AGUACACAUGCACGACACAAGUAUUCGGCGCGAGAAAUGUUGUUGUGAACUGAUAGGAAGGUGAAGAUGGAGGCACCACUUAAAGGGAGACUACUCCUCGUGGGAGAAGGCGAUUUCUCCCUUGCUGUGGCUCUGGUGUCGAAAUGUGACUUCCAUGGCAAUCAGGUGUUGGCAACAAGUCUGGAAUCAGAAGAGUCCAUCGAGAAGCAUCACCUGGCUGCCAGGAAUAUUCAGAUUCUUCGAGACAGAGGUGUUCGUGUUUGUUUCAACGUGGAUGCAACGGAGCUGCAGACGUGCACGGACCUGCAGGGGUCGGAGGACGCCCGCUUCUCGCGCAUCAUCUUCAACUUCCCUCAUGCUGGGGGCAAGUCCAACCACAAGAAAAACAGGACCCUCCUCAAUAACUUCUUCUCCAGUGCUGUGAAAGUGUUGAGUCCGGAUGGACAAAUCAUGGUGACCUUGUGUAAAGGUCAAGGUGGGACUCCUGCUGAUCGACCAAUGAGAGCAUGGCAUGACAGCUGGCAGGUGGUUUCCAUGGCAGCCAAUGCAAGCCUCAUUCUCACUCAAGUUGUACCAUUCUCUGCUGAAGAAUUCCAGGAAUACAACUCAGUAGGAUUCAGGAGCCUGGACAAAGGUUUCCACACAGAAGGAGCUCUGACCCACGUGUUUGAGGUGGCGGAGUCGGUGGCUGUACCUGAGUGUCUUCAGCGUGGGGGACAGCUGAUCUGGGGGGAUAAGACCUACACCUGCCCCAGAUACCUGGAACACAAGCUCAACAGGAAGCUGUUGUACAGCCUUCACCACCCUCUACAUCAGCUCCGUUCUGUUCUGGAGGAGCUGAUAUCAGCCGAGCUUGGGGGUCAGGCUCACCAUCUGGACACUCCGUCUCUGGUCAAAGAGGGGCCUGGACCUCGAGUGGUCAAACAGACUCACACGGCAGUGCAUGACUUGUUCCCCCAGCCGUACUACUUACAGAGUCUCAAGUGUCCAGGUGAUUCAGCCAAGGAGGAUGGCAUCGUUGAGGAGAAGGAACAGGAUGAAUCCGAAAAGUGUAUGGAUGAUUUGACGUCAGCUGGUGACAGUUUCUCUGGUCAGCUUCACCUCAGAUCUUGUGUAAUCGAAGAAUUACCUCCAGUCGUCACCCUCAUGGCAUCGAGUGGUGUUGCAUGUCACGUGGUGUCAUGUGAUGUUUAUGGUCAGCGGGUGAUUGGUCAGGAGACCAGUUCCGUUGGUCACCAGAUGAUGGUGGUCAGUCGGAGCGGGAAUCCUGAUGAGCAAGUGUGGUCUGUCAGUCGAGUGGUACAGAGGGCAACAGGUUUGUAUUUUGACAUUACACCUGUUCAUGAGGAAAACAUUUCUGUAAGUACUGACUUUGGGGAGUUGAAUGUGUCUCAUGAAAUUCAGAUGAUGUUGGAUAAGAAGAACAAGGGGGAUGUGUGUGGUUGUGUGUUGAACUGGACCUGUCCUGACGAUACAAUGAAACUGAUUCUAGUGUUUGAUUUGAACAAAAUUGUAAUGAAAAUCCAUGAAAUUCCGGCACCGCCGCUUCUGUGGUCCACAGAUCCACGUUUCAAGAACCAGUUUGCGGACAAAACAGGAACAACCGUCAAAUACAAGCCUUUUAGCCUUUACUCAAUGAAAUUCUUCCAUGAUUUAAGUUUCUGGGAGAGCCCGAGACAGUUUGAGGAGCAGACGUUGCAUGAUGUUGUGCGAGAUGUCGCUGGGGAUGUGGUGACCGAUGUUAAGAUGAUUGACAGCUAUCAUGAUGUUGAAACGGAGAGGCGAAGUCGCUGUUACCGUAUGACAUUUCAGUCACAUGACCAGGCUCUGUCUUACAUCACUUCCUGGAAGCUACAGAGCAUGCUCAGACUGGAGGUAGCAAGCAGGAUGGGAAUAAUUCUAAGGUAGUGACAGUUCACAUGGGUACAGGAAGGGGAGUAUUGUUGGGAAGUACUCCAUUUUGUCAUCACCAUCAACAACAUCAUCAGGGAUGUCCUCAUCAUGAUCAACACCAUCAUUUAGAGCAGCAGCUUCAUCAGCAUCGUCACCAUUGUUUGGAACAUCAAAAUCAACAUCAACACCAUCAUUGCCAACAUCUUCAUUAUCACUAUCAACAGCAGCAUUUGAAACAUCAUCCACAGGGGCUUGUCACGCUAAAAACUGCCAUCAAGUUAUGUACUGUCACUCACGGGGUCUUAUCACUAUAUAAAAGGAAAGGGAUGUAACGAGGUCAACACACCAGGUUCGUUUCAGGGCGAAUUCAACAAUACUC